AGACAUACAGUAAAAAGAAUGGUUCCUGAGUAAAGCAAGGCACUGCAUGCAUUGAAGAGAACCUACUGUCUGCUACAACAAGAGCACCUGCCUGGAUUGAAUAUGCCAAUGCUCUGCACCUCCUGGAUAUCCCAAGAGAAACAUUGUGCAAUCAUCGACUCUGUGCAAGGCACUUCACACCUGACAUGUUCAUAACAUCGGGACCACAUUCACAGGGCAUCAAGAGGCGUCUGAAACCUACUGCAGUACCAACCGUUCCUGUACUUGAUCCGUACUUAAGGCAUCUUGUUUUACCAAAGUUUUACAUUGGACCAGACCCAAGCACAGGUACACUUUUCGCACGUGCAUACUUUUUCCUCCUGCUGCAGAGAUGAAAGCUGCCAAGUCUUGUCACAUCUUCGCCAGUGAAACAGUAGUUCUGCAUAGCAUGGUUUAAGCUUUUUCUACCAUCGCACCACACUAAUAAUUCUUUGUUCUGUUUUGCAGCCAUUGCGUGCUCCCUCCAGUUCCUACACAGUGGUUCACGUUAUUGCUGCAGUGGACUGUCAUACGUGCAAAAAGAAUACUACCCAUUGUUACCCUAGGCACUCAACUGCUUUCCCCCCCCCCCCUUUCUAGCAGGAAGAUUGUCUCCACUCGAUCCAGAGGCGCCAGCUGGGAUUCAGGAACAUGCAAUGCAGGUCUCGUCAUUGUCAGCAGCAGUCCAAGAAGGUUUUCCAGCUCAUCAGCCGCAACCUUUGGAAUAUGACCACACUUACUGUUUACCAGAGACUUCCUACCCCUCGGAAGGUUCCCAACAUGGCCAACACCAUACUGACCAGGACUAUUGCACAUUGGAUUUCUUGGUGCCAGGGCCAUGUGACUUCCACCCUCCGGAGUCACCAGGAUCUCUUUCAGAGCAAGAACUUCAAGGCACAUCUUUGGUCCUGCCACAACCAUCCACGCUUCUUCUAGAGCCUGUCCCAAGCAUGUCUCGUGGGGUCCUCCAGCAGCAAGCCGUCGCUAGAGAGCCUGUCCCAAGCACGUCUCGUGGGGUCCUCCAGCAGCAAGCUGUCGCGAGAGGUGCGUUCAGAGCUGGUGCACGGCUAACGGCCGAAAUUCUUGCCCGUGUUCUUGCGUCUGAUGUGUUCCUGUUCUGCCCCAACAGAGCCUGUCCCAAGCACGUCUCGUGGGGUCCUCCAGCAGCAAGCUGUCGCGAGAGGUGCGUUCAGAGCUGGUGCACGGCUAACGGCCGAAAUUCUUGCCCGUGUUCUUGCGUCUGAUGUGUUCCUGUUCUGCCCCAACAGAGCCUGUCCCAAGCACGUCUCGUGGGGUCCUCCAGCAGCAAGCUGUCGCGAGAGGUGCGUUCAGAGCUGGUGCACGGCUAACGGCCGAAAUUCUUGCCCGUGUUCUUGCGUCUGAUGUGUUCCUGUUCUGCCCCAACAGAGCCUGUCCCAAGCACGUCUCGUGGGGUCC